CAAUGGGGCCCCUCUGUCCCUCUCGCCCGUCCGCUUUUUUCACAGCCGCCGCCGAUUCUAACCUAUAACAACCUGCGGACCCCGCUCACGGACCAGUCUCGUUCCUGCGUCCGAACGCGGAGCACGUCCGAACGCCGAGCGACCUGAUGAUGCGCAACUAGCCCGAGAUCACGCGAAAUGUUCGAACCGCGACCGGCAAGUUACGUUCACGUCGAAGCGAGGAGUUUCGCACGUUUUGAUCUGUUGUUAUUCAACUAGGUGAUGUGUCUUUGACAGAAUUCUCUUCUGAAUUCCGGAUUGUUGUGAUUCAGUUCGAGUGUUUUCCUUGGGACGCCCCGUAUGCGAAGAUGAGUCCGUCCAGGAGGAGAAACAGGACCAUGAGGGCGAAGAAACACAGCGGUGAGUAAAGGACCAAAAUUCUUUAUGGAAAAUGACACACCGCAAAAGAUUCUCUUUGCGUAGACGAAAGAACAAGUUUGUGAAAAGCUGCUACUGCGAGGGCCACUGUCCAAAUGGCGAGGCGAACGGUACCUGCGAGAUCAGGCCCGGAGGCAUGUGUUUCGCCUCUGUCGAGGCCGCAAUCGACGAUGAUGGUUACGAGUACCCCGUGUGGAGUUAUGGCUGUUUUCCAGCGGACGAAGGUGGUCUCAUGCAGUGCAAGGGCCACCUGGUGCCCCACAUGGAGCCGAAGAACAUCCAAUGCUGCGACGACUCCAACGGAUGCAACCGCAACCUCAAGCCCUUCUACCCCGAGAGGCCGACCACAGAAACCCCCUCUUUCAACCAGUUCAACAACCUCCCCUACAUAGUCCUCCUGACAUCAGUAACAGUAUGCCUAACGCUCUUCCUGCUGGUCAUCGCCGUCAUAUACAAGAGGUACAACAAGAAAGACUUCCAAAGAAAACACAACCUAUGCCCGAAGAACUACCCCGUCAAAUAUCCGAACAUGGAGGUGCACGGUCCCCUAUCCAACCUCCUGGACCAGUCAAGCGGUUCCGGCUCCGGUCUUCCCAUACUGGUGCAGAGGACGAUAGCCAAGCAGAUCCAGAUGGUCCAGAGCGUCGGCAAAGGGAGGUACGGCGAGGUCUGGCUGGCCAAUUGGAGGGGAGAACAGGUCGCCGUCAAGGUGUUCUUCACCACCGAGGAACAAUCGUGGUUCAGGGAGACGGAGAUCUACCAGACGGUGCUCAUGAGACACGAGAACAUCCUGGGAUUCAUCGCGGCCGACAUCAAGGGUACCGGAUCGUGGACCCAGAUGUUGCUGAUAACGGACUACCACGAACAUGGGUCUUUGUACGAUUACCUCCAAACCCACGUGCUGGAUCCCAAUGCCCUCCAUCUGAUGGCCACCAGUAUAGCCAGUGGGCUUUCGCACUUGCAUACCGAGAUAUUCGGUACCAGAGGCAAGCCUGCCAUCGCCCACCGCGACAUAAAGAGCAAGAACAUAUUGGUCAAGAGGAACGGAGAAUGUUGCAUCGCUGAUUUCGGCUUAGCCGUCAAAUACCUCAGCGAUACCAACGAAAUCGACAUCCCCCCUAACAUCCGGAGCGGUACCAGGAGGUACAUGGCCCCGGAGAUCCUGGAUAGAUCCAUAAACGUCAAGAGUUUCGACGCCCACAAGAUGGCCGACAUGUACGCCUUCGGUCUGGUGCUCUGGGAGAUGUCCAGGAGAUGCGUGACCGGAGACAAGAUAACAGCAGCCGACGAAUACUGCGUGCCAUACUACGAUUCUGUGCCUAGUGACCCGGACUUCGACGACAUGCUGGACGUGGUCUGCGUCAAGAAGAUAAGGCCCAAGAUACCCCUCCGUUGGGAGUCAGACGAGGUCCUGUCGACCCUUUCCAAAGUUAUGCAAGAGUGCUGGCACGCGAACCCCGCCGUCCGAUUGACGGCUCUAAGAGUGAAAAAGACUCUGUGUAAACUCGAUACCGAUACUAGUAUAAAGAUUGUCUAGCCGUUGUAGUGUAUCAUAAGAGCUGUACAAAUAACUAUUAGGUUUGUUUCGCGGGGUUGAGCCAAGUGAGACAUUUUAUUAUGUUUUUAUCCUCUACGAGGAUUUUUUGUUGAUAUUCGUAAUUUUAUUUGUUGAUUCUUUGCCAAAUACCACUCACUCUCCACAGUUUCAAUAACAACCGACUUUUCAUGUUGUUUCAUAGUACCUGUUUGAUACAGAGAAAAUCUGGUGUUUCUUUCGUUCUUUUUCCGUGAGAAUUAUUAAGAAAUGGAUAUUUUCGAUGCUUGAAAGAGUUUUUUGUACAGUUUCUUGCAUAAUUGUAAAUACUCCAUAUUAAAAUUGUACAUAAUUGUCCAUAGAAUACUAGUAACAUGAAGAGAUCAAGUACCUAUUAUCCACACGAGUCAAAUCGACAAUAUUUAUAAUACAAACUACCAAGUAACGGCAGACUCAAAUGGCACAAUAAUCUAUGAUUAUCCGUUUUUCCCAUCAACUCAAUCAGAUCUUUCUAAAACGUGCAUGAAAAAUAUUCAUUUUGUGAUGCCAUAGUUAUUUUAUUCCUAUUUCAGUGCCAUCUUCAACCUUCAAAUUGUUGUGCCCGAAAAAUAGUCAAACAAAUCAACUGAAAACUGAACAGUAUCAGUCUAAAAUAAAUGUUUGGUGCUCUUUGACAAUCUUGAAUUAAGAUUGAGAAAAAAAUCAGAAUUAAAGAAGAUUUUUGCCAGUAUUCACCCUAUCGAUAAAGUACGAAUUAUGAACAAAACAAUUUAGUAGUCGUUUAGGUCCAGUUUUUUAGGUUAUCUUCUGGCAAAUUCUAUUCAGUAGUACAUACAACACUUGUUGAUACCGCACUUUUUAAAUCUUCCAAUUUUAAGUUCGAACUUGCUCAAUUUUUGUUUGCCGUAAAAAUAGGAUUAUCUUUUUCAGUUGACAAGUCGUUUUGUUAAGCAAGAAAUGUUUUUUCCUUGUAGUUCUCAUUUUCGUUGUUGAAUAGGCCGAGUGACUGUUAGAAUGUGCAUUUAUGUUUGUAUAUAUUAUUAAAUCGAGACCUUUUAUAAUCUAACUGGAUGUGAAAUGAAGUUUGUUAAUGUGGAUGGAUGUAUGUUAACUGAGGUAACAUAAAUUGCAAGACUGAUAUUAUUUUGAGUGUUUAUGUUUUGUGUACAAAAAAUUAACAUGUAAUAAAAUUAGUUUUUAGAA